AUGGCUCCAGGACAAGUGCCCCCUCUGGGUACCCCUUGGAGGGAUACCCAUCCCUUCUUCCUCCUGUCCCCACUGGUGGGCUUCCUCAGCCGGGCUUGGAGUCUCCUGAGGGGCCCGGGACCUAUAGAGUCCUGGUUGGUGGAAACAGUAACAGGAGAAGUUGCUCUCGAGGGAGAAGAAUCUCUGGACUUCCACUAUGCCACCAGGGGAGGACACCCUCAAAAGGAGACUGAAGACAGUGGAGCAGCUGAGGAGGACCGAGAAGCAGUCGGGGGGCCCUGCCUUGACCUCCAAGCCAACAGGUCUUUUCUUGAGGGUUCAAAUGAUACUGACAAAGAGCGUGGUGAAGAAGAAGUAACUAGUGUGACUAGAGAGCAGGAAGGUGAACUCACAGAGGGACAGCCUGCUCCCCUGCCCCCACACUUUCUGAUAAGAACCCUGCCAGACCCGCCUGUGGAGGAGUCUCGGGAAGAGAAGAAAGCAACUGAGGAAGGAGUUGCUGACAGGACAGAAAUGACCAAGGCCUUCUCUUAUCCCCCGUCACUCUGCGAGUGCUGUCCAGAGGUGGAGAAAGAGGGUGAAGGUGGAGAAGUUGGAAAGAAAGAAGCCCCCAGGACCUCUACUCCCCCCUUAUCUCCAGGCUCCAAGCCCAGGGCUUGGGCGUGUUGUCCAGGGCAGGGAGAGGAGAAGAAAGAUGAAGACGAUGAUCAAGCCACUGAAGGAGAAAGAAGAGUAGAGAAGAAAGAAGCCAUGAAGAUUGCCAUGUCCCCCUCAUGUUCAGGCUCUAGCUCCAGGACCUGGGAGUAUUGUUCGGAGGAGUUUAAGGAGAAGGAAGAUCAAAAUACAAAGGAAGGAGCUGAGAAAGGAGACGCUGACCCAGAGCCACACUCCUCCAGUCUGGCCCAGAGCCCCUUGCUCAGGGCCUGGGAGGAUCAAGCCAGUGAGAGCACAGAGGAAGAAGAUGAAGAAGAUGAUGACAGGGCUUCAGGGGCAGCUGAGGAGGAGGGAGAAGCUGAGAGUCCCUCUUCUAUCCCAUCCACACGUGCCUUCCUGAGAGCCUGGGUAUAUCGGCCAGGAGAGGACACAGAGGAGGAGGAGGAAGAUGAGGACAGUGAUUCAGGAGAAGCUGAGGGUCCUUCCUCUGUCCAAUUCACAAGUGCCUUCCUGAAGGCCUGGGUGUGUCAUCCAGGAGAGGACACGGAGGAGGAGGAGGAAGAGGACAGCGACUCAGGGGCAGCUGAGGAGGAGGGAGCAGAGGGUCCUUCCUCUGGUCCUUCCUCUGUCCCGUCCACAAGUGCCUUCCUGAGGGCCUGGGUGUAUCGGCCAGGAGAGGACACGGAGGAGGAGGAGGAGGAGGAAGAGAACAGCGACUCAGGGCCACAGGCCUCCCGUCAGAACCAGAGUGCCUUCCUCAGGACCUGGGUAUGUCGACCUGGAGAGGAUACAGAGGAAGAGGAAACUACUGAGGAAUGGGCAGACACUGAGAGCCGCCCUUGCCAAGUGGCCAUCUAUCUACCUGGCGAGAAGCCACCCCCUCCCUGGAUGCCUCCCCGGCUGCCUCUCCGACUGCAAAGGCGGCUUAAGUCCUUAGAAACCCCAACUCAGCAUCCGAAUCCUGGGACUCCCCUAAAGGCCACCAAGGUGCGCUUUUCUGAGAAGGUCUCCAUCCAUUACCUGACUGUGUGGGCGGGGCCUGCCCGGGCUGCACGCCGGGGUCCCUGGGAGCAGCUGGCCCGGGAUCGCAGCCGCUUCGCCUGCCGCAUCGCCCGCGCCCAGGAGGAGCUGGGCCCCUGCCUCACCCCUGCCGCCCGGGCCAGGGCCUGGGCCCGCCUCAGGAACCCUUCCCUGGCCCUGGCCCCCACAAGUGUUCCUACCCAGACUACUACUUCCUCCGGCCCUUCAACUUCCCCUGUCCUGGCCGCGCACCUGAGCCCUGCUGUGGCCACACCUCCCUUCCCUGCUUGUGAGUCCCCAUCUCCUUGUCCAGACCUUGGGGGGAGGCGUGGCUAA